CCCGAAUAAUAUGGUCAAUGGAAGGUGCUACUUCAGCCGCUAUGUCCAAUUUAUUGCCACCCUUGUGCAGUCUAUGUCUCGGGAGCAGAAUGAUAGGGUGACCGCAACUCCUUUUGGACAUAUGCUAAGUUUGCCGUAUAUCAAGCAGAGUAGGCCUGUCCUAGACACUUUGGUCUCUUUUUGGGAUGAUGUCGAAGAAGGUUUUUGGUUUGGUAAAGUUUUAGUGCCUUUUUUAGGGAGUGAGUUUGCACUCAUCCUAGGUUUGAGUGCCACGGGUGAUGAAGUAGAAUUGUAUAGAGAGGGGAGGGUUACUUCUGACCUUAUCACCCGUUUUUUUGAUGGUGACCACAAAAAGGCCGGUAGGGAUGCAAUAGAAAAUAGAUUACAAAUACUAGUUGGAAAGAGAGGACGACAAGAUGUAGAGGAUUUUACCAAAUUAUGGGUUUUAUACCUCUUUGUCACUAUUCUGUUUCCAACUGUACACUACAAUAUUCCAAAGGCAUUAUGUUCAUAUAUUGAUGAUUUAGGGCGGUUAGGUUCAUAUAGUUGGGGUCUUGCCGUUUUUGCUUUUAUUCGGCAGCAGCUACCUACUAUAUCCGAGAGUGUCCGGAGAAGGAACAUCAGCGGGAAUGGAUGUGGUGGAUAUAUGGAUGGAUGCACGGUGGCUUUGGUGGUAAGCAUCUUUAUAUUUUUUUAAAUUUCAUUGUUAAGAUAUGUAUUGUGUUGAAAUUUGAUGUUCACAUUGUUUUUUGGCAGGUAUGGGCUGUUGAGCAUUCGAAUAUCAUUUUAGGCAGGCACCGGCCACCGUUUAUGUAUCCACGUCUAUUGCGUUGGAGCAAUGCCAAAUUUCCUCGCAAGGUGGACGUGAUUGCCAAAGUUAUGAAGAACUUAAAAAAAUUUCAGGUGAUCGAGAAGCUAGAGCCUAGAGAGGAGGAGUUGCAUCUUCUCUCGCGAGGAAGGCCAAUAUUAGAAGCUCCGAAAGAGAAAAGUCAGUUUCCAUCAUCCAGCCAGAGUGAAGGACCUACAUUGGAAAGCUUACAUACCCGCUUAAAAGUGGCUGAGAGGUAUUUGUUUUUGGUUGAUAAGAGGGUGUCCAGAAUUGAGAAGGUCCUCCGAGAUAAUGGUCUCUUAGUGGAUGACGAAAAUGUUAAGCAUGAUACAGAUUUUACCGAGGUGAGUGAAGAGCAUACUGCAGUUGAAGCUAAGGACAAAGGUGUAGUGGAGAAAGAUGAAAUUCAGGAUAGUGCAGAUGAGGUGGAGGUUAUUUGGGCCACUGAUGUUGAGGGUGAGAAAGAAGUUGGACCUAUCUCCUCGAAAUAUGUUUCCUCCUUAUGCCGGCGCGUGAAGUUUGGAGCACGUGAGCGAAAGGCAACAGAGAAAGCAAAGGCCAUAGCACACUUUCCAAAUACUUAUAGAAGGGCAAAAAAGAAACAAAAAAUAGCCUCUCAAGGUGAAGGUAGUAGGGCACUAGCAAUUAAAAAGGAGGAUUUGCCCACUCGGCCGAGUAAAUUAUUGGAGCCUAUCACUACUGCACUUAUGGAGCUCCGCAAGUCAAUUCCACUCGACAAAGAAACAUCACCCCCUAUAGAGGUAUACAAAUUUGUUCUGUUCCUUAAAUAUUCUGCGUACAUAUGCAAUUUUGUUCUACCAUAUCAUGUUCUUUGGUAA